UCAGAAGCGUUCUUUCUUUCCAAGCACAUUUGUACAUCGUGAGGCAAACAAUCUUAUCAAAAAGAAAACCAUGGAAGUCACAAGGACAACAAUCGGCUCUGCUUCUUGGAAGAAAUCAAGCAUAAAAAAUCUUCAAUUGGGCAAAGCUGUUACAAACCGCAACGAACAGAUAUGUGAACUGAGUAAACAAUUAGAUCCUUUACCAAGUCUGCGUGACAACUGCAUCCAACAGAGCAAUGCAAGGAUUCAUUCUUAUGUCCGAGCGACAAGAGCAAUUGUUGUAAAAUUACGCGAAAGUCUUUUGGAUACGAACAAAGAAAUUAAGACGAUGACGCGUUGCAAGGAGCACGUGGAACGAGCAUUGGAACACAUAAGGAAAGACUUACUGCUCAACAAACGAUCUUGCGAAGUAAGAGCAACAAGACCGCCCAGAGAGAGAUUACAAGAUGGCGCAGAUAACUUGCUUACUAAUGAACGUCAAAGACUCUUACGUCUGAAACGUACGUUUGAGAGCCAUUUACAUUCAGUCCAAAAUCAACUUCAAACUCUAGACAGCUGUCGUAAACGACUGUCAGAUGUUAUACAUGAAAGGUCACGAGCUACCGAUUUAACAUGUCAAGCUGUCAGUUCUGUGAAAGGCUCUCCACAUCGAAGUAAAGAUCAGAACUUCGUAACACCCAAAACUCCUCCAGUGGAAUAUUUAGGUCCAUAUACACCGGAAACAGCGAGCUCGAUGUCAAACGCACAGCUUGCCCGAGAAUCAUCAGCCUCAAUCAGAAAAACUGUCAAUGAUGCAAUGGAAGAGGCGAACCAAUUGCAACAAUCAACUCAUCUUUCUGUUAAUCAUGGUCUCACUAAAAAAGUUGCAGAAACUGUCAAUAUUAAGCAACACUUGCAAGUCAGCUCUGGUCAAGCAAAAAUGGCCAUCAAUAAAGGACAGAGGUGGUUUGAUUCAACAGAACUUUCAAUGGGCAAUGCAUUGGGUCCAGUUGCCUAUUCAGAUCUAACAAUACGUGAAAAGCUUGACCGCCCCCUUGUCCGUGUCUUUCAAAGACAUCCUGGUAACCAGUUGACAGAGGCAAGAGAUCUUUUAUCAGGUAACGAUGGUCUCCUCGAUUCACUCAACGCGACUAGUCGUAACCUUGGCUUGCUCAAGUUAACCAAAUUACGUUUGGAUGCUGACGUGCGGGAUAAAAACGAGGCGGCAACUUUGGAUUCAAAAAUCGUACGCAUGCGCAGACGGAUGGCGAAUCAUCGUUGGGUGAUCGGCGAGCAAAUAAAAUGUUAAUUAUUAUCUCUGGAUAAAUGUUGUUUGUUGUGCGAAGAUAUACGGAAUAAAACUAUUUUGAAACGACCCACAUAGUGAUUAUACCUUUCUCAGUGUUUUAAAAACAAAUGUGCCAAUACAUACCAAUCAUUUGAAAAAUAAAACUAAAAUCUAAAUCUUUGUAACAGUAUACAUUGAAGACAUUCUGUGCUGGCUUUCGUCCCCAAAACAUGAAUACCGGAAUAUAAAGCCAAGGGUUUUUUCUCUUUCAUCAAAAUACUCCAUGUUUUUCCUCCAUCUUUUCAAAGAACUUA